GCUCAAUGUAGGCCCGUGUUGACGUGAUAGAUGAUGCUGACCACGAUGUGUCUUGCACAUGGAUUCUUGAAUCCUUCCAUGCCCUCCGGGCUCCUACGAAGCAGAUCGUGGCCUUUUACAUCCAACAAGGGCUGCCUUUGACAAACACGGGACAUGGACUGGGGAUUCUACACUCAAUAGCAUGACAUUGUUAGCAGACUCUCGACUGCGGCCUGCGGGAAGAACGUCCUGCGCAUGAUUUGGUCAUAAAAAAACAUCCUAGCGGCUGCUUCCCGGUCAGGCUGAAUCAGCAGCAAACUGCGUAAGCUAGGGAGGGGAGAUAUCACACCCACCAAGAUGAAUUCAGCGAGGAAGCAGCUUAACUUGUAAGCACUCCAAGAGUUAUCGGUGUCCGAGCGCUUUGAGGGACCGAGAUUUGCACGUGUCUCGUUUGCGGCCUUUCACAAUAAGGCCACGGACCUUCGGACUGAGGAGAACAGGCAAAAAAUGGCAAGGUUGCUGGCGAUAGGUUGAGGAUUCAAUACCAAAUUGUUAGGUCAUCCUGUUCGGAAAGAUGUUACCCUGUAAACACAUGCAUCAAAUGAUACGGGAGAAGGUGGCUUUGAUGUGCUCGCGGCGGGACAUCAUCCUCAAUGGGGGACGGAAGCAGUUGUGAAAUGAAUCGACAGAAUUGGGAGACAUUGGAACAUGCCAUGGAAGUUGUUCAAUGCCAUUAUGACAGGAAAUUGCGCUGUCGGCAACAGUCUUUCAGAUUGGCCAAGAACCCCCAGAAACUUGGCCCCCGAAGAGGGUUCCUUGCUUCUAUCUGGCAAAUUUCACCAAUUCUACUGCCAAUGUCCAGGGCUUAUAGCUGCCCCGACAAAAGUCGAGCUAGACCGGUGGAAGGCACGGUUCAGACAGGAUGCUUAAGGUACGUAUGUAGAUACUGUACAUAGACCUACGGAAUAUGCCUUGCAAGGUGGGUCAACAGCAUGCAGUCUUGGCUGAGAACUGAGUAACAGCGAGUUGACCUCGUCCUGGAUGUAGACAGAGGUUCGAACCCCCGAAGAACAGGGAAGGUAUUGCGUGCUUGUGAGUUCACGGAGACUUUAUCCUUUGUCAAGCACGAGAAAAACCGAAUACCUGCGUUGCAUCCUAGUGGAUUCGGCAGGGAAAGACUUAUCAGAUGCAAAGAGCGUGACCUGCAAGUGAAGUGAUCCGACUGAGGGUCACUGACCUGCCGAUUCAGAGUCGUCAGUAGAAGGCGCACAGAUGCGACAGUCCCGGCCGAUGCAGUGGCGAUUCCUAUCACCACACCACAUGAAUGCAUGUUUCAAACGGUUUGCGCUGUGCUGUUGGAAGUGCGCGACCGCAUCUUCUGCUCAGUGUCACUUCAUCAGGGUGUGCACGACCGCGCCGUACAUGCGUCUCACCGUGGUCGAGUUGGUCUAGUAUCGGCAAUAAAAGAUAAACAGAUCACUCGGGAGAGACAAGCGGCCUCUCCCCAGCAUUGGAAACGCUCCAUUCGAAUUUCCAGAUCCUGGUUGAUGCCCCACAUUGCGAUGCGCAUCUGCCGCAACCGCAUCUACAAUCGUAAUGGUUGAAGGCGAUCUGCGCAAAAUUGUCGAUCAACGUGAAGGUGGAAGGUUGCCUUGUUGGUUGCCUGUCGGUCAUUACGCGAGACGCUCGAUGAAUGGAACCAUCGUUCAUUGGCUGGCCUCUAUUCCAUGACCCUAUCAGGCUGGCCGUCGGAAGCCAUUGUUUGCCGAUACGACCAUUCCUGCGGAGCCUUGCAUAGCAUACACGUUGCGAAUGAGCACCGCUUUGGAAGAUUUCUGCAUUCGUGCACCAUUUCAUGUAAGGAGGGAGGGCGAGAAUUACGCACUUGAACGUUCCCUGAACGGGAGAUUGAUGAUAAGAAGUCCUUUUCGGAUGCAUCCCGGUGGGCCAACGCCAACCCUUAUGCCAUGAUAUUGAACGGGCAUGGUCCACUAUGCUUGUCGAACAUUUCUUUGACUGCCAAAGCAGAACAGUUGCUCCCCCGGGCUCCUGAGCCGAAAGCUUUUCGGAAUAGCAUCGGAAGACCGGCAGCAUUUAGUGACUUUGACCGGUCCCGGCCGUGAACCGAUUCAAGCGGACUUCUGUUGGAGUGCUGGUCCACAAGGAAAGUGCCAAGGGUGCACAUAGGGGCAAACGUGAUAGGCAUAAGAAGUGUGCAAAUGUUCUCGUCCGGGAGGGAGCCAGGCCAUCGGCAUUUGCAUAUGGCCAAAACAUUAACGAAGCCGUUAGUGGGGAAAGGAAUCCCAAUGGCGGGUAGACUUAUAAAAUCCUUCCCAUCAAUCUUUCCAAAGGCGUUGGCGUCGAGCUCUGGUAAUCAUGCCCUCUUGAACAUGAACAUGGUGGUCAGCCUUCUUCUUGGAGGCUGUGAUCCCUCAAGGUGUUGAGGACCUGGUCAAUGGUAAAAGCCUGCAGCCAAAGGUAAAUGGAUGGUGAAAAUUGAAGUGUGAUGAGGUAUUCACAACUCACGGGGCCAACGUGUUGUCCUACCUCUAUCGGACCAUAUGACCAUCGCGGCUUUGAGACGGCAUUCGAGCGAGAGUAUCCCGAUCUUUUAGGACCCAUGGCGACCUAACACUGACAGCCUGGUGUGGCAUCUCAGGCCAUCACAGAACAAAUGUUGUUAAGAGCCUGAAGGUUUACC